AAUGAAUGCAAAGUAGCUCAGGCAUGGCAACGAUGCGGCGUUAGCUUCUGGCUUGAAAUGCGAGCAGCGAGCAGUUGAAAUUUGGAUUGCGAGCGGGAGAGACGGAGAAACGAGAUGCUCUCUUCACCCACUAAUAACACAUUAGACACCAAGGCGGUAACGCUUUGCCUUAACUGCUCUUCUAAAUAGCCUUAUCUACUGCUGAUGUGAUGUUAGAAGAACGAUAUAGACGGGUGCUUAAUCAAGACAAGUUGGUUACCAAUGAAUGCUAUGAUUAUGGAUCGUGAAGACCCUGACAGGUGGGAGUCUGUGUCACACGUUGCCGCCUCUAAGAUAGCGAUGGUCACUACUCAGCUGGCCGAACGACUGGCCGCAGAAUGGAACGUAACACCAACAGUAACCGUAUCGCUGACCAACGUUGAGGUAGAACACGGUAUCAUCGACGACGUCGCUGCUAUCGUCAGUGACCCUGAUCAGCAAACCGAAACUGUUAUCAUUGCACUCAAAGCUGUCCUGGUUAUUUUUCUUUCCUUUAUUGUAACUAUCUCAAAUGCAGUUGUAAUACAUGUGAUGAGACUCGAUCGCAGUUUACACACAGUGGGGAAUUUAUUUACCGCCAGUCUUGCUAUUGCAGAUCUUUGUGUUGGUAUUUUUGUUAUACCAUUCAAUAUUUUUGAUAUUUUAUCCGUGCGAGGAUGGCAGGCCCAUCCCAACGCAGUGAGGAGUAUCUGGAUAACACUGGACUACUUUUUCACCACGUCAAGUAUUAUGAACCUCGUGCUACUCAAUCUUGAUCGCUUCUGGUCGAUCACGUCGCCUAUAAAAUACAUCCGACAACGAACCCGUCGACGAGCCUUGCUUUUGAUUGCGUGUGUGUGGGGUGUACCUGUUGUGUUCAUAGUUGGUCCUGCAACCACAUGGAAAUUUGCCUUCACCAAUGUUCCUGUCCCAUCCCGCACUGUUUUUGUGGACUAUACCGUCGGGUCGUGGUUGAUGGCUGCCGGUGCCGUCUUUAUCUACAUCAUUCCACUCUUCAUACUUUGUGCAAUUUAUUCUCAAAUCUACCGCGCCAUUCACCGCCGAUCUAAGAUGGACGUUGGUCGUUCAAGUAUAGCAAGCAGUGCCAUGUCAACAAGGCCUGGUAGCUCUCGACGGGACAGCGAAUCUCAACAUAAUUUCAUUACCGAGCACGAGCUUCAGAGAUUGAAGGGAAUCUAUGAGAAGACUGUCCGAAGGGAACGAGGGGAGCGACAGCUUAUGGCUAUGAUAAGAAGGCGGAGUCGAGGGUAUGGAACAGGAGCUCGUGAAAUAAGAAGAUACGCGAGCAUUGAUGAGGAGGAUCAUGAAGUACAUGGUGAUGAGAACGAAGAAAACGAAGUCAAUGACCGUAAUGAAGACCAAGAGUUAGGUGACGGUUGUAGUAUUUAUGAAGGUGUCAAUGACCACUCUGCGCCAUCAAGUGAUGGAAAGCUAGCAGACGCCGAGUCCAACGAUGCUGAACAUGAUGAUGAUGAUGACGAUGGAAGCAUAGGGCCAUACGAGAUACGGGAAGGAGAAAAUGAAGCUUUGAUGACGAGUUUAAAAAAUAUAGAAAAUGAGCAUAGAUUAUCCAUUAUUGGAACACAAAGGGAAGAUACAGAAAUUAGUAUCUCGCCGAUUACUCGAGCAAGGAAAAGAAUUGAUCGAAUGUCUAUUGAUUCGGCGACGAACAGCCCCAAGCCCCACCUUUCACCUUGUUCGCUUAAACCGGAUCGAUUAGAAUGUGAUUUAUUUUCAAAUGGAAUGGUUAUGUGUCCGAAUUGUCCGAAUAGCCGCGGUUCAAGCCGGGGUUCCAGUCCAAAUAGGCGACUCGGCACGAGCAUGGACGACACAUGUGAGAGUAUGAAUCGAUUGAAUAGGUCACCAGCCAAAACUCAACCACCUUCGAUCCCCACAACACCGGAAAGAGCAACGACAGUUACAUCCAACUCGCAACCAAAUACAGACCAAAAUGUGCCCCUUCAUCAAAAUGGAGACGUCAUGCACUGCAAUGGGAUACUCCAAAAAGCAUUUACAGAGUCGAUAUUGACGUCGAUGCAAGAAAGUUCCUUUACGACUUCAAGCGAAAAUAUCGAGACAUCACCCCGGAGUGACGAGAGAUCGAUCUCUCCGACGGAGAGUGAUCAUGUUAUCCUAUCAGAUAUCGAGAGUGAUACGGGGCUACCCACCUCCCCAAAACAACGGACAUCAUUUUCAUUUGAUCUCAUCAACGAGGUCACUCAUUGUCGAUGUAAUAACGUGGUCAUCGAUCCACGACCGUCUUCGAGGAGUUUAUCGUAUCCCAAAAAUGACAAUAGAAAUUCUCUUACAUUUCCAAUGGAUGUCUCAUCUAUGAACGGAUUCCGAAGUCGCGUUCGCAAGUCGUUAAGCUCUUCCUUAACAGCUUUAGGCGGACGAGGAAGCAAAGCGUUAAUGCUGUUGCGCAAACAGGACAAAGCUGCAAAACAACUGGGGAUCAUCCUAACCUGUCUCAUUGUCUGUUGGACGCCAUAUUUCUUCCAAGUGCUACUUUAUUCCUUCAUGUAUGACGUCAGCAAUACCACUGCCAUGACGAUAGCAGUGUAUUUGGGCUACGCGCAUUCAUUUUUCAACCCCGUUCUUUACGCGCUCUUUAACCUGCGAUUUCAGAGAGCGUUUAGACAUGUUUUAUGUGGAUGUUGUUUACGCACAGAGACAUCGCCUCGUCUACCAUGUAGUGUUCCACCAUCUCUAAUCUGAUAAUGUGGAUUUUUACUUGGAUAAUGGCAGCCGUCCUGAUAUUCCCUUCACAAACAUCAUUCAUCUAUUAUAUACAGUUCAUUAAGCAAUCAUAUUUUGUUGAUAAUUUCAGAAUAUUCAUGUCACAUUAUUGUUGUUAACAAAAUGUUUACGCUUAUUAUAUAUCUAUAUUUAUAUGUAAAUUUGAAAUUGCAUAAAAAUUAUUUUUUACCAAAGAUGACUUAUGACAUUAAAUUUCAAUGAAGAUGUAAUUGAAAUGUAUUAGUUUUGUAAAUGAAGAUAAUAUAAAAUUGGUAUGAUUAUCGUCGACUAAGUAUAUCCAUGAGCAAAAAAACUGUUUGAUAUUAUUCAAGAUCAGUUUUUAAGUAUCUGCCAGAAAAUCUGAUUUCCAGAGUACGUUCGUGUUGCUUUAAUAAAGUUUGAUAAUCUUAUAAUGCACCAUUCUUUGUUAAAUCUAUUGAUGUUUUCAUUAUAAUAUACCUCAUCAAUAGGCCAGUGGUCCUAUAAUCAUGACAUCAUUAUAAAUUAUGCGCACAGAACUUUGUUGAUGCAGUUGUGCGCUCUAGGUUUUAAAUGCUGAUUAAUUAGCCAGUGACCGUGCUAAACUGACUAUUUACAUAUUUGAGAAGAUUUUUUGGAGCCAAUUAUAUUGUAAAAAAAUACAUGUGCUUUUUACAGAGGCAGCUUUACACGACACGUAAUACUAUCAUGAUAUUCGUAAUAUAUUUGAUGAUAGUUUUCACCCUUGUUAUGACAUUUGCGAAUGAUUGAAAACUUGUAACUCAAGAAUUAUCUAUAUAUAUUAGCAUUAUUUUCAGUAUUCCUGUUUUGUUAACAGAGUUAUGUACGUGAUUGCGCUGGUUCGUAAACGUUGAAGUUUUAUUAUUAUGAAAUAAUUUUGUUUAACGCUUUAAUUUCUACACAUUAAAGAACGCCUGCGAAGAUGCGUAUUUUGUUUGGGAAAGGGGUCAGGUCAAAUAGAAGAACGUUUAAGAAUAACAAUUUAAUAUGACACCUUAUUUGUCAGUUAACAUUAAUUGGUCUAUAAAUAUCGUACGGUGUCCGUAGGGUGAUCGUAUAUGAUGAUUGCACAAUUUUUUUAUGGAUUCACGAUCAUCAUAAGGUGUACGAUUUUGCUUACCACGCAGUUAUACAAGGUUUUCAAAAUCGUAGGAUAAUAGCCCUUAUACAUUAUCGUGGGGGCAUCGUGCGAUCUGUGCAGGGCAGCGUAAAAUAUACGGGCAUCAUACGAUCAGCCCUGGGUUAUUGUACGACCUUUGUAUGGCUUUGUCUUUGGACAUCUACGAUGUCCAACAAAUGAAAUCGCACGAUGACCACAACGCUACAAAAAACGUAGACUAAUGCAUCGUACGAUGAUCGUAGCAAAUGUACACGAGGCGUUAUUCAUAACCCGUUUUGCUAUUAGACAUAUCAUUAAAAAUAUAGAGAGAAAAACAUGAUACUGAUAUUCAAUUUACUGUGUGCUUCAUCUCUUAAAGAUCGUACAGAAGAUUAGUAUAAUAUUCUCUGUCUCUACAUGUAUUUCAGCCAUCAUUACCGAUUUUGCACACCUGAGAACGAUCGGGUCAAACCAUGGACCUAUUACAAUAGGUCCAUGGUCAAACUAAUUAAUCGCUGAUAUCCUUUUGAUAAUUUGGAUGAGUAGUGUUGGAGUUUGAAGUGAAACCCUAUAAAGUCGAACAUUUUGUAUUGAUUGUCUGCAGAGUAGAAUAAUUUUCAAAAUAUGAUAUAUUGUGUUGAUUUAUUAUGUGUUUCACGUUAAGUUUGUUUUUCAUGGAUUUUACACGAGUUUUUUUUUAUGUUGCGCCACUUCUUAUACUUUGUCAUAACUUUUUAUACAUGAAUAUGUCCUUUUUUACGGAAACUGUAUGUGCAAGACCUUGAAGAGAUAACUAUAACAAUAUGUAUUGAAAGGAAUAUGAGAAGAAUGUAAACGUUUUUAUAAUCUGAAAACGAAGAUGUCUAAUCACCCAUUAAAUAUGACGGUAACGCACCCACC